GGGUGGGUGGGAGUACUAAUUUGAUUAACUGUCAUAACAUAAUAAUUUUUGAUUAACUGUCAUAACAUAACCAUUUUUAUUAAGAAGUGAAGGAUUAUGUCUAAUCAAAAUCAUGGUCCACCAACAAGAUAAGAGUAUUGAAUCAAUCAUAUUUUAUUUCCAAUAAUAACAUGAAAGUCUUCAAUCAUUGAAAUUUGAAACUAACUAACUCAGUAUUAUUAUAGUAAUAUUUUUUUCUCUGUUGCUACUGAAUUUUCACAAGGUGCUUGCUUCAAAAUGAUCCCUGCGUUAUUUGAACCUUGAUCCUUACUUCCACCACAUGCACCUUCCCCUUUUCUUUUCAUUUUAUUUGUAUUUUAUUGUUUAAGUUACAAGAAUCACGGUUUUAUGUUUUUUUUUCCUCUUCAAAAACAACAUUAGCUUCAUCAUAACGCAUGUUUCAUUAUGUUUCUGUUUUAGAUUCUUGUCGUUUUGCAUGACAAGUUAAAUUUUUCACUGCUUUUGAGCCUCUAGAACUUUCUCUUACCUCAUUUUCAACACAAGUCACAUUUUUUUCUCAUCAUUUUAUUAUUUUAUUUCAAAAUUUAAUUUCCAUGUUGACCAAUUUGUUGAAAUCUAUGUAUGAUUGUUAUUUCUCAUGAUGAGUCAAUAAAAGAACAGAUCUUUCUUUGAUUUGAUUUGUUGUACAAGGAAUCAGUGAUUGAUUGUUUUCAUGUUCAAUCAGUGUUUUGUUUUUGUACAAGGUUUCUAGUUUCUACUUUACUUUACUUUACCAUAAAUAUAAAUAAGUGAUUGUUGGAAAACAAAAAUGUUGGUUUUUAAUGAAGAAGAGAAGAUUCUGUUGUCUUCAGAAAAUGAAACUGAGGUUUCAAAGUCAGAUUCAAUUGAUGGGUCAUUACCGGUUUCAACGGUUUAUACCGAUGUGGGUGUUGUUCCUGAACACCAAAAGAAUGAGCUUGAACACUUCAUAUCCAAUUUACAAAGAGAAGUUGAGGAACUGAGGUUGAAGCAAAGAAUAGUGGAUGAAAAGAGAAGAGAAGCAUUGAGUAAGAUAUUGGAUAUCAAAGGGAGCAUUAGAGUGUUUUGUAGAAUUCGACCGAAUCAUUUGACAGAGAAGAGAAGAAAUUCUGAACCGAUAUCAGCUGGAUCGGAUAGGAUUCGUGUUAAGUUGGGAGGAACAAGGAAGGAUUUUGAGUUUGAUAAGGUUUUUCCUCAAGAAACAAGCCAAGAAAGUGUUUUUGUUGAGGUGGAGCCAAUUCUAAGAUCUGCAAUGGAUGGACAUAAUGUGUGUGUUUUCGCUUACGGUCAAACUGGCACAGGCAAAACAUUCACUAUGGAUGGUACAAAUGAGCAGCCAGGGAUUAUUCCUCGUGCUCUCGAAGAGCUCUUUCGUCAAGCCUCGAUGGAUGGUUCGUCUUCUUUUACUUUUUCAAUGAGUAUGUUGGAAGUUUACAUGGGCAGUGUUAGGGAUCUACUGGCUCCAAGACAGUCCUCUAGACCACAUGAAAAUAUGACAAAAUGUAAUCUCAACAUCCAAACAGAUCCAAAGGGAUUGGUGGAAAUUGAGGGUCUCUCAGAAGUGCAGAUUUCUGAUUGUGCUAAAGCCAAAUGGUGGUACAACAAGGGAAGAAGAUUCAGAUCAACCUCGUGGACUAAUGUGAAUGAGGCAUCAAGCAGGUCACACUGCUUGACAAGGAUAAGCAUAUUUAGACGCGGGGAUACUUCGGAAGCCAAAAGUGAAACAAGUAAGUUGUGGAUGGUUGAUCUUGGAGGCAGUGAACGGUUGCUGAAAACCGGGGCCAAAGGAAUAACACUUGACGAAGGGCGAGCUAUUAAUCUCUCUCUUUCAGCUCUAGCUGAUGUCCUUGCAGCUUUGAAGAGAAAGAGGUGUCAUGUGCCUUACAGAAAUAGCAAGCUGACUCAACUACUAAGAGAUUCUCUAGGUGAUGGCUCAAAGGUCUUGAUGCUCGUGCAUAUUAGUCCUUCUGAAGAAGAUGUUUGCGAGACAAUUUGUUCGUUAAACUUUGCAAAGAGAGCAAGAGCAAUAGAGUCAAAUAGAGAAGUACCAAUGGAAUUGAAGAAGCAACGGGAGAAAAAAAUUAUGGAGCUCGAGGAAGACAUUAAGGAAGCUGAAAAGCAAUGUCAGAGUUUAAGGGAUCAAAUACAGAAUGUCGAGUUAAAGUUAUGCGAGAAUAGAAAGCUCUUUUCAACCAUAUAUAGUCUACAGGAAAGUGAUUAUGAGUUGGUAACCUCUACUAGCCAAAAAGAUGAUUUAAAAGAGAUUACUGAAACACCUAAAGCAUCUAAGAAGUCUACGCAAAGAAUUGUCUCGAACUCGGUGCCUCGAUUCAUGAGUUCAACUGUUGCUAGUCGGCACAGACAGAUUGCGUCUGAACAAGAAAUUGGCGGGAGAUUAAAAAGUUUAAGAUCAGUAGCCACUAGAAGUUCAAUCCAGUUUUCAUGUUCACAAUCAUUAAGUUGUUCCGAUCUUCGAAUCAAAACAAUACUGCGAAGUUCAACUGGAAAAUCUCGGUAUGCUGAAACAAAUAAUGUUCCAAAUACAGAAAGGCCUAAAUGCAAUGAAUUGGAAUCAAAAGUCAUAACUCCUCGAAGUACAACGGUUACAUCGUCAGAUUCAAAUUUGAGAGUAACAUUGUAUCAUCAUAGAAGAAGGAUGUCUAAUCUGAUCUAAGGGUUACAAGACAUCUUAAUAUUAAUAAUGUUAUCAAGUGGGUUGCGUGUUAAACUCCUCUCACUUGUCCUUAGCAAAUUGUUGCCAAGGGUGUGUUAAUAUGUGUGUUUUCUUGAGGUGUUGGUGAUUGGUGUCUGUUAAUUUACUUGUUUAACAUUUUUUUUUUCUUCUUUCCCGUUUUUGAGCAUGUUGGGUUUUGGUUCUUUAGUCAUUUGUUCAUGUGAUUGUAACUUAUUUGGUGGCGAUUAACUUUUUGUUAAGUUUGUCACACAACACUUAAUAGAUAUUAUGAAUACAACAGUUUUUAGGCUUGA